CACUAGAGCAUUUCUCUGUACUGCCAGUGAGUUGACAGUGCCCCUCAACAUUUGUUCCAACUGGUUCUUGGUAGGCAGAUUUUUCUCUCAGGAUGCCUUUCAGUACCUGGCCUUUUAAGUUUGGUAGUCAGCAUGCUAAAACAGAAACCAUUUUGCACCUGGCAGAUACUUGUAUACUUUUAUAAUUGGUAAGAAGGUAUUGUGUUUUCAUUCUGUAUUGCUCAAUAAUGGUAGAAUCUCUCCUUAAUCAGUAAUUUCAGAGACAUGUUUUUACCUCCUUUUCAAUCCAUUUAUGCUCAUGAACAGAUAAACUUAUCCUAAUUUGUAAUUCAGUGACAUUUAUGAUGGUAUUUAAAAUUCUAAGGUUAGCCUACUUCAAGUUUGAACAAUUGUUCUAUUAUCAUAUUAUUUCCGUUCCCUGACUAGAUGUGCAUAAGUCCUCUGAUUGUGUUUCUUGCAGUGAGCGUUCCAAAAAGCAGAUCUGAACUUUGCCUCAUGACUGUGAUUACACAGGUGGAAAGCACAGUCUUACAGAACUGAAUUCAAUCAGCUGAAGAAGUGAGAGCGGAGAAACAACAAAUGCAGCACGACUGAAAAGAGUGUCAACAUUAUCUAGCAGCAUCACCACAGCAACCAGAAAAUACAGCUAGAAGACAAGGGCUGGAGCAGAGAAGGUGAAAGUGCGGCUCCUUACCUUUGGACAGAAGGCAGCAAAAUAAUUAUGCAGAACAGAAAGGAAUAUUUGAUGGAUCUAGCCAAACUGUGGCAAAGGGAAGGAUCCCUUCAUUAACAGGAAUGUGCCACUGUUUAUGCACUGUAAAGGGGAGUGCCAUGAGAUUUACUGAAGAGUCUUUUCUGUGGUUGCCUAUGUACACAUGUUUGCACCCCUGCUGGCACUGAAUUAGGUGGUACAAGCCUCUUGGACCAGUAGGCAUUGGAUUUUUCUUUCCCGUACAAGGUGUACCUGGCACGAGAGCUGAUAGACACCACAGAUCUUUCUUAGAGACACAAAGGAACUGAGACAACCUCCAGCCUUCCCUUUCUGUAACAGCCUGCUAUACCAUGGGAUGUAGGCAAAGCUCUGAGGAGAAAGAGGCAGCGCGGCGGUCCCGUAGGAUUGACCGCCACCUGCGCUCUGAAAGCCAGCGCCAACGAAGAGAGAUCAAGCUGCUUCUCCUGGGUACCAGCAACUCUGGGAAGAGUACUAUUGUAAAGCAGAUGAAAAUCAUUCACAGUGGUGGCUUUAAUUUGGAGGCUUGCAAGGAAUACAAACCUCUGAUUAUCUAUAAUGCAAUUGACUCCCUCACACGCAUCAUUCGGGCUCUAGCUACGCUUAAGAUAGAAUUUCAUAACCCUGACAGAGCAUAUGAUGCUGUGCAGCUCUUUGCCCUGACAGGUCCAGCUGAGAGCAAAGGCGAGAUCACCCCUGAGCUUCUGGGAGUCAUGAAACGGCUCUGGGCAGAUCCAGGUGUGCAGGAGUGUUUCUGCCGCUCCAACGAGUACCACCUGGAGGAUAAUGCUGCAUACUACUUAAACGACCUAGAAAGGAUUGCAGCACUGGACUACAUCCCUACCGUGGAAGAUAUUCUGCGUUCUCGGGACAUGACCACAGGGAUUGUAGAAAAUAAGUUCACGUUCAAAGAGCUGACUUUCAAAAUGGUGGAUGUGGGUGGACAGAGAUCUGAACGCAAAAAAUGGAUCCACUGUUUCGAGGGGGUUACAGCAAUAAUUUUCUGUGUGGAGCUGAGUGGAUACGACUUGAAGCUGUAUGAAGAUAACCAAACAAGUCGAAUGGCAGAAAGUUUGCGUCUCUUUGAUUCCAUCUGCAACAACAACUGGUUUAUCAACACUUCCCUCAUCCUUUUUUUGAAUAAGAAAGAUCUGCUGGCAGAAAAAAUCCGACGCAUCCCCUUAACAGUCUGCUUUCCUGAAUACAAAGGCCAAAACACUUAUGAGGAGGCAGCAGUCUACAUCCAGCGCCAGUUUGAGGACUUAAAUCGCAACAAGGAGACCAAGGAGAUCUACUCACACUUCACCUGCGCCACUGAUACCAGUAACAUCCAGUUUGUCUUUGAUGCAGUGACAGAUGUCAUCAUUCAGAACAAUCUCAAAUACAUUGGCCUCUGCUAAGAAUCCUUGGGCUAAUCUGUUUUGCUGAAGUAAUUGAAAAAGAGGCUAACCAUUUCCACUUCUUGUGGAAACAAUGGGGCAACGCUUAGCCCAAGGAGAGAAAAGGGGAAAUCUGAUGUAUGUAUGCAGUUCCUCUUAUGCCCCACUAGCCUGUUACAUUAUUUUUCAUAAAUAUAUGUUAUGGAGAGUGGAAGUCUCCUCUCCAAAAAAAUCACACACACACAAAUAAUAAAAAUGCCCCCAAAUGAAAAACAAACCACACAAAAAAUUCAAAUAAAAUCAACAAAAGAGAUUGAGGCCUAACUCUGUGGAGAUGUUUUCACCACAGUCACUGCACUUUUAUUCCAUUUGUUUCAUUCUAUUUCCUACAGUGGGAGUGUUAUCAUGUUCUAUGUAAGAAAUAAUCAUCCAAUUGUCCUAAAAUUUUACUGACAUGAAGAUAUAAAGCUGGUGAGUGAUAGAUGAACUCAUUUGCAUGGUGUGAAGCAGAAUGAUUGCAUUGGGGUGAAUAACUAGUUCAAAUCAAAAGCUGCAGAACAGGAGUGCUUACGGAAAAUAUUACUUAAAGAUUUAGAGAAUGGACAUCUACCCUCUGUACUGGUACACACAGCCCAACUAUAUACACAUGCAUCAGGUAUGCACAUGCACAUGACUCACAGCAUAUACUGUGUACACACUUCUGCUUUACUCUUUCAUGGACACCUUGCCUGUUAAAGGAAUUGCUGGUGCACAACUGUUCUGUGAUUUCCAAACUGACUAUCAGCCCUUUCUGCUGUUUAAGGCUUCAAAAUAUGCAGCAAAACUACAAAAAAUGAAUCAAUGAAUAGGCCAAAUUAAGGUCAGUGUUUCUUCUACUGAUAAGGAGUUUUAUACAUCAAAACAGUCUUCUUUUACAUCUUUUUUUGCCAAAUCUUGUGGUGUUUCACAAAAAAAAAAAAACAAAAAACAACACUCUAUAUUUAAGAAGUAGGUUAGUGUUUCUUUUUAAUACAGAUAAAAAAUAAAUCACAAAGCAGUUUUUUAAAUUAUUGUUGUAGUGUCUGGACUGCUGAAUGUGAAAGUUGCCAAUGGACGAUUCUGUUCCACUGCUCCAAAUACAUUCUGGGAACUGUGAUGUUGUAACAGAUUUCCCAAGAAGCAGGAGCCAUGGCGAUUGUGUAGUGUAUAGCCUCCAAAGUCUUUUUUUGUUGGGUUUUUAAUUAUUUUAAAAAAUGUGAUGUAUUAUUAGAAGGUUAAAGAUGAGCGAUAUGAACAAUAACUAAAUGUCUUGAUAUUUCAAUUUAAUAAUUUAAAUUAUUUACAGUUUAGUGAAGUCAAGGAAACUGAAGAGAUACAUUCCUCAGCUCCAGGUUUCAUCUCAUAAAGAAACACUACUGGAUGGAGUAACAUUCCAGCAAAGGUUUGAAUGCAUAAGAAACUCUGUGGGACUAUACUGGAAAAUCGCAGAUGGAUCAGUUGAUUCUUUCCCCUGCCAUAGAAAAGACUUCUUAAAGACUUCAGUGUAAAGUUGGUGUGUAAAUAUAUGUUUGAUAAUUGUAAAGCACAUACGUACACAGAGACACAGACACACAUGCACACUGGAAAAUAUCCUUCUACUUUCGUUCCCCCUAUGUACUAUGAUUAGUGCAAGAAAUCUCAGCCAAGGGCUCUCAGAAAUUUAAAACAAAAUGGUUAAUAACAUCAACAUUUAAACUGUCCACUUAAAAAAUAAAUAACUCAAAUGAUAAUG